UUGCGUCGUGCACAGGUAAAAACCACGAGCUUCGGUGCCGUGCACAUGUGAAGUCAUUCACCGCGAAAAGUAAACAAAAACAAUAUCGCAUCAGUGCAUCGCGCUUCGCGUUCAGUUCGCAAUUCGGGUCCGCGACUACCCCAGAAAGUUAACUGACUUGUGCUCCAUCGAGUGCUCUCUCUCUCGCGAGAGAUUACAGUGACCCGCCGCGGUUGAAUAACCUCCAGCGGCUACUAAAGUGACCGAAUUCCUGGUGACAAAACCCGAAACAAGUGACAGUGCUCGCGAUCCCCGGGCUUCUAUGUUUUCAUAGAACUUCUCAAAGGACCCCGUCUGUGAUCGGCCAUAUUGCAUACCACAUCGAGUGAGAACCAGCAUCUAACCGAGGCGCGACAGACGGAGAUGCCUGCGCUCUCCAGAGGCUGAAUAACUCGAUAGGCGGGGAGGGAGACUGUGGAAUGUUAGAGCUCUUCAGCUUCUAACGCACGUGUAUCAAGAAAUGUUAUAUUUCGGUUUGUGAACUGUGCUAAUUUCGAACGAUGCGGUAGUGGAUUAAAAUGUGGGGAUUACUGUGUUGGUUGUUGACUUUUGGGGGGAUGAUGCUCGCUGGGGCACGAACCCCCGGUCCUGGACCAGGACCAGAGCCCUACUUGGGCUACUCCACGCAAAUGCAGUCUCGCGCUGUCGACACCCGAGUUACUCUAGACGUUCUCGAGGGCCAACCCGAAGGGACCAUCGUGGGGAAGAUCCCGACGAAACCGGGUUUCACGUACCGCUUCAAUGAGCCCCCCAAAGAAUUUACUCUGGAUGCUAACACCGGUGAGAUCAGGACCAACGUAGUAUUGGAUAGGGAGGCAUUGAAAAACGACAGAUGUGAUUUGGUAAUUUUAUCUAGUCAACCAACUUACCCUAUAGAAGUACGCAUCGUAGUCGUGGAUAUCAACGACAAUGCUCCCGAAUUUCCUGAACCAAGCAUCGCAGUAUCUUUCUCCGAAAGCGCCUCAGCAGGAACUCGUCUCCUGCUGGAUGCUGCCACCGACAAGGACGUCGGCAUCAACGGCGUUAGCGACGACUACAGAAUAAUUGCAGGCAAUAAGGAUGACAAGUUCAAGCUGGUAGUAACUCCAAAUCCAACUGGUGAAACUUCCUACCUACACCUUGAAACCACAGGAAAAUUGGACAGGGAAACUCAAGGCUAUUACACGCUGAACAUUUCGGCCAGAGAUGGGGGCACUCCCUCACGAUACGGUUACCUCCAAGUCAACGUAACCAUCUUGGACGUAAACGACAACCCUCCUAUCUUCGAGUUGAGCGACUACAUCGUAUCCUUGAACGAAAGCGUACCUCCUGGCACCCCAGUGCUGCAAGUAGUAGCGAUAGACAACGACAUGGGCGACAACAGCAAAAUAACCUACUACCUAGCCGAUACCGAGCACCAAUUCACCGUGGAUCCCGAAACGGGAAUAAUUUCGACGACAGAACUACUAGAAUGUCCCCAACAAAAUUGCCUGCACCCCACCAAGCCAGGAGGCGGCUGUCCUAAGAGCUGCGUUUUCACUGUUUUCGCAAGGGACCAUGGGACCCCCAGACAAGAUGGUAGGACUUACGUUACAGUAAACUUACUCGAUGCCAACGAUCACGACCCCAUAAUAAAGUUCAGAUACUUCCCUUCCACUGCAGGAUUCGCCACUGUCGACGAAAAUGCAGGAAACGGAUCUGUUGUAGCUGCGGUCUCUGUAGUGGACCAGGAUGAAGGGUUGAAUGGAGAAACGACAAUCAGAAUCGUGUCCGGCAACGAGCUGAACCAUUUUCGGCUCGAUUACACCCCUAGCUUCGACAUUGUCAGGGUGAAUGGCGUGCUAGACCGUGAGGAAAUUUCCAAGUAUAAUCUCACGGUCGUGGCCACUGACAAGGGCACUCCUCCUCGUACCGCAACUGCAUUUUUAAUAAUCCACGUGAACGACGUAAAUGAUCAUGAACCUGUGUUCGAGAAAAGUGAGUAUUCCGCUAUUCUCAGCGAGCUCGCGCCUCCAGGCACCUACGUGGCUGGGAUUACAGCCACGGACGAAGACACCGGAGUCAACGCACAAAUUUACUACGCCUUCGUGUCCGGUAAUGAAAAUCAGUGGUUCUCCAUUAACGUAGACUCGGGGUUGAUCACCACAAAAGCGUCACUGGACAGGGAAAUCCAGGGGACCGUCGAACUGAACAUCUCCGCCAGGGAUGGAGGCCCCAACCCCAAGUGGGCACACACGCAGUUGAAGGUGACGAUUUUAGAUGAAAACGAUGAGGCCCCGGAGUUUUCUCAGUCGCGGAUAAAUGUCAGCCUGUCAGAAAGCGCCGCACCAGGUACACUCGUAGCAAUGCUCACAGCUUCAGAUCAUGAUCAAGGCACCAAUGGAAGCGUGGCGUACACCCUCCACCCGGCUGUCAGGCAACGAUAUGACGAUACUUUUGCUCUAGAUUCCUUAACAGGACAACUCACCACCAAGAAAAAACUUGACAGGGAAAAGAUAUCUAGUUACGAGGUCAACGUUAUCGCUAGAGACCAGGGAAUACCUUCACAGUCAUCCACCGCCACAGUUUAUCUCUCCGUUCUCGACAUGAACGACAACAAUCCUGAAUUUUACCCCCAGAAAUACUUUGUUCCUGUAUCGGAGGACACUCGACCGGGGACAUCCAUCGUGAAGGUCAGCGCAACAGAUAUGGAUGAGGGUGAAAAUGCUAUGAUCACCUUCAGGCUAGAGAACGGAGGCGACGGGUUGUUUACAGUAGACGAAUGGACGGGAGUUGUUACGCUACGUGGCUCCUUGAAGAACAUUCCCAAACCCAUGCAUCGGCUAAAAAUAUCAGCUAGAGAUCACGGAGACAAACGAGCUUUAGAAGAUGCCACGGUUGAAAUAAUCAAAGACGCUUAUCUGGAAGAGCUGCACUUCAACAACUACGGAGGAUAUGAGUUCCAGUUAGUUGAAGACCCCAGUGACCAAUUGCUUUUCACCAAGAGAGACGUAGGUUCAGUGCACGUUAGGAACAGUGAUGCCACCUACUUCAUAGUGUUUGGAGACCCCAACUUCAACUUCCACAUAAACGAAAAUACGGGAAAGAUCACCACGGCGAAGAAAAUCGACAGAGAGCAGACAAUGACUUACAGCUUGACUGUGAUUGCUCGUGUUGGAUUGUCAUAUGGUAAAACUCUCGUGAACAUCGUCAUACAAGACUUGAACGACAAUCGACCUAUCUUUGUACGUGAUAAAGAAGAAAUAAAGCUUUUCGAAAAUGCAGCUGUAGGCCAGGAAGUUUACCUAGCACGGGCGAGGGAUUUGGAUGCAGGAAUCAAUAGCAGGGUGACCUACAGCUUGUCUUACAACCCCGGCGAUCAGUUUCGAAUAUCAGAAGCAACAGGAGUAAUUUAUUUAAACAGACCCAUCCGAGCCGAACCAGGUACUGUUCUGCAUGUGGAAGUGAAAGCUACCGAUGGAGGAGAGCCCCCACUUUCAUCUAAACAUUCGCUAAUGAUAAGCAUCGAAGAUGUGAAUGACCACACCCCAGUUUUCGAUCAUACUUCGUACGAAACGUCGCUUCUGGAAUCGACGCCUGUGAACCACAGGUUCUUUGCCUUAGCAGCUAGUGAUGCGGAUUUAGGGGCCAACGGAAGGAUUUCCUACGCUAUUUCGGAAGGGAACAACGAGGAGAAAUUUGGAGUGUUUCCCGAUGGCUACCUGUAUGUGCGCAAACCUUUGGAUAGGGAGGAUAAGGACUACUACUCGUUAACGGUGAUGGCGCAAGAUGCUGGAGACCCUUCGCGGUCUUCCAUGGUGCCCGUGGUGAUUCACGUCAUCGAUGAGAACGACAAUAGCCCAGAGUUCACAAACGGAACUUUUACUUUCAGCAUCAGGGAGAACGAACCUCCUGAUUCUUUCGUAGGAAAAUUGACAGCCACUGACAGAGAUAUUGGCAGGAACGCCGAAUUGAUUUUCUCGCUCUCCAGUUCUCAGAAUAGCUUCGCCAUCGACCCGAAAAAUGGUUUCAUCAAGACAUUGCACGUGUUCGAUCGCGAGGAGCUAAUGUCGACCAAAGGUCAGAACUUUAUCUCACUGGAAGCUACUGUAGCGGAUAAUGGGGUGCCAAGAUUACGCGACAAGGUGAAAGUCAACGUAUACGUAACAGACGUCAACGAUAACCCUCCAAAGUUCCUGCGUGCUCCGUAUAAAGUGCAGAUUUCAGAAGGAUCGUCUAUUGGAGCUCAAGUGCUACGAAUUUAUACAACCGAUGCCGACGAAGGCUUGAACGGCGACGUCUUUUACAAAAUAUCAGGCGGCAACGACGACGGACGCUUCGAAAUCGACGACGCCACUGGUCAGAUCAAUCUCGUUCGCCGUCUCGACCGAGAAACGAUCUCCAAGUACACCCUUGUCGUCGUGGCCCACGACGUCGGCCUCUCACAACAACUCAGCGCGUCUACCACCGUCUCUAUCGACAUCCUCGACGAGAACGACAACGCACCGGAGUUCACCCAGACGGAGUCGAGGAUUUCCGUGAGCGAGACCACUCCGGUGAACACAGAACUUAUUCAGUUCAGGGCAAGCGAUUUAGAUCUAGGCGUGAACAGCGAGGUGGUGUAUUCAAUUACGGCAGGAAAUAGGAAAGACACCUUUCACGUCGACCCGCUGACAGGAGUGCUGCAUUUGCAUAAACCGUUAGACUACGAAGAUCUCGCAGGCUAUCAGCUCAACAUCACGGCAUCUGAUAAUGGCAAUCCGAGAUUAUCUACAACUGUUUUGUUCAGCGUAGCCGUCGAGGAUGCAAACGAUAACCCGCCGGCGUUUGCUAGCACGGCCAUCGUGAGGCAGAUCCGCGAGGGAAUUCCCAUACACACCCCCAUAGUGACCGUGACUGCAGACGAUCCCGACUCGGGGUUGAACGGGAAGGUUUCCUACGCGAUUUCCAAUCAAGAUCCGGAAGACGGGAAGAGGCACUUUGGAAUCAACCCGAUUACCGGGGUGAUUCACACCCUGCUGCCCAUAGAUCGAGAAACCAUCGACACCUUUAGACUCACCGUGGUGGCAACAGACCAGGCAGAGCCCGUUUCCAGCAGACUGUCUGCCGACAAAUUGGUUACCGUCAUCGUGGAAGACGUAAACGACAACGCUCCAAUAUUCGUCUCCAUGAACUCUGCGGUGCUUCCCAAAACCGACAAAAGCUUUCACACAGGGGAAGUGCCCAUAAUGACAGUAUUUGCUAGGGACCUGGACUCAGCCACCAAUGGGCUCGUUACCUACGAGCUAGCAGGCGGAAAUAGCGACUUAUUCAGACUAUACCAGAGUUCAGGGGCGCUAAAACUCAGGAGACCGAUACACAAUCCGGAACCUACCUACAGACUUUCCGUCAAAGCCACCGACGAAGCAGUUCAAAGUGAACGCAAGUCCUCUGAGGCAUAUUUGACCAUCAUAGCUACUAACGGGGUGGAGAACGGCCCCAAAUUCGAGAGCGAACUCUUCUCUGGCGACGUUUUCGAAAAUGAACCCACCGGUACCAGCAUACUCACCGUUUUCGCCAAGUACCAUUCCGGGGAAGUGGAGUAUUAUGUGACUAAUGUGACGGGUGGUGGUGUGCAAGUUGACAGAUUGUUCGACAUCGAUACCAAAUUGGGUGUUUUAUCUACUGCGACCGAGUUGGAUCGAGAACUGGGAGUUGACACGUACGAGAUUGAAGUUUAUGCGAUUGUGACCGGUGCCAAUAUGGUGAGAACGUCGAAAACUAAGGUCCAGAUCACAGUUCUCGAUAAAAACGACAGUCCACCUGCUUUCAAAAAUGCCCCACUCCACUAUUCUGUCUCAGAAGACCUGGGUCCCGGACAGUCUAUCGCUACCAUCAGAGCUGAAGACCCGGAUACCAUUGGAACCUUGGAGUACACAUUCAUCAAGGGAGAUGAUGGUCGAUUUUCGCUUGACAAAACUAGCGGAGUUCUACGAUUGGUGGACUCAUUGGAUAGGGAGACGAAGGAUACCUACAAGCUGCUUGUUAGAUGCAGCGAUGGGAAUCAGUAUACAGAUACCGUAGUCACCAUUGAGGUCACCGAUACAAACGACAACCCGCCCGCUUUUAUGGAAAGCGCCUAUUCCUUCGACAUCCCGGAGAACGCCCUCCGCGGGUCCAGAGUGGGCCAAAUCAAGGCCACGGACCCCGAUUUAGGCGUUAACGCACAGCUGACCUACGCCGUUAUUAGUGACUGGGCCAAUGAUGUGUUUUCUCUCAAUCCGCAGACAGGGGUGUUUACCCUAACAUCGAAAUUAGAUUAUGAAGAG